AUGUCCGCAGACGAUUGUUGUCUAGAUAUGUGUGUUGCUAGUGACUAUCAAGGUCCACCUGUCAAUGGGCUGGAUCGUCUACGGGCAGUGCCAGUCAGCUCGGGGGAUGAAAAAUGCUUGACGAGGAUCUCGACUUGGAUGUCGCAAUGUACAGAGCAUGAGACGUGCUUUUCAUCCACAUCAGCUCCUUUGCCGAAAAGGGUCAUCGAGAUCUCCCAUGACCCUACGGUGGAUCCAAAGAUUGUCUCUACUGAGAAGCAGAACGGUCCCUACAUCAUCUUGAGCCAUCAAUGCUCUGGGGAAGUCAAGGAUCUAGCUUUGCAAGAGCCAGAAGAAAGUAGACUCUCGGUUCCUUUGGAUGUCACGGCUUGUUCCAAGGCUGUGUCUGACGCUAUUGAUAUCGCCCGCCGCUUGGGAUAUCAAUAUCUCUGGACAAGGGAGCUCUGUAUCACCGCCCCCGAGCUUUCAGAUCCCUCUGGCUUUCUGAACAUCUACGGUCAGGCAUCAUUGAUGCUUGUAGCGUCGGCUGGGGAAGAAGCCAAUCGCGGACUGUUUCAUGACAGGAACGUCCUUUAUUCACCCGCGAUGGGGCCUCACAAAGAUAGAUGUUUCCGACCGCGAGAACUACGCUGGUUAUCAAGUAUCGCAGAGUCUCCACUCGCUAUGCAUGGUUGGAAUAUUUUGGAGCGGAUUCUGGCGCCGCGUAUUGUACACUUCACAAAACAGCAACUGAUUUGGGAAUGUGCCUCUGGCUAUCAAUUUGAGGCAGCCAAGCUUGUUGGAGACCAGGAUCUUGGGCCAAAAGAUAAUGCCUUCGACAAAAGCGACAUGCAGAGAUAUGUGCAGCGUACACUUCAGCAACUCCCAGUUGAGACUGAAAUCGGUCGUGAUGAAGCUAGUAAAGAGUCCGUAGCGCGGCUAAAGACUUGGACUCAAAACGUCAACGCACUCUCCUGGGGCAAAUUUGAAGACCCCUCUGACAAACUCCCUGUGAUAGGGAGAAUCGCACUAGUCAUGAACGAUGGAACAUUGGGAGAUUACCUAGCCGGGAUCUGGAGCAACCAUGUUGUAUCCGGGCUUUCCUGGGGCCGAAUGUUCUCUCUUCUGACCCCAACCCCGGAAUAUAGGGCUCCAACCUGGAGUUGGGCGAGCGUGGAUGGCCCUGUGACCAUUGACAAUGUCCAAGCAGAUGAUACUCCGGUUUCCUUGUGGGCACAAACUUAUCAGCCAGAGCUUGUCUCGCACCACAUUGAGCUCGCAGACCCUUCAAACCUCUACGGACGUAUUUUGGAAGGAUCGCAUAUUAUCCUCGAGGCGGCCUGUAUCGGGUUCAAAAAGCUGACUGAUAGUCUCAAGAGUCUCGAGGGUCAGCCGAAAGGGUUUCAGGUAAGGCCAGUUCUGGAUCAAUCAUUGAUGUUUGAUUGCGGCUGCUGCAGACCUAGAUCAGCUGAGGAUCAAGAGGCAGACACGGCACAGUUCACUCGAUUGAUUGAACACCAUGUCUGCAUCGUUCUCAAGUUUGAUGGAUGGACCACGGAGAGUGAUGAGGGAUAUUGUCUUCUCCUCAUUUUGAAAGGCUCUGGUGACGAGAUAUCCUUUACCAGAGUAGGAUAUCUGACUGUUAGUUUCAGCAGAUGGAAUAAGCCGGCUGAUCCUAGAGGCACCUUCGGUGCCUUGGGAUGGGAAAGACGCAAGCUCAAGUUGGUCUAG